AUAAAGAGAAUUUUUAUCCCAUUCCCCUCUCCCAGAUUAUCCAUGAGGGGGUUGUGGAUAUUUUAUUUAUUUUUAUUUAGGAAAAACUCGACUCAAGCACAGAAAAAAGUUUUCAAGCUGGCUUUUAAUCAUCUCCACUUGCUGCCCCAAUUACUGUACAUGCAAAGCCAAUUAAAAGGUGAAUAAUUCAGCUUUUCCCUCCCUGUUUUUUUUUUUUUUUUUUUUUUGAGGGGGGAGGAAAACAUCAGGAAUAUUUUACAAAACAACGUGCGCCCUCCGAGCCGUCGGUCCCGCAGAUAGAAACCACAAAAAUACAAGAGUUUGACAUUUAAGAAAGGACCACACACAUAGAAAACAGGACAGGACACAGGUAGGAAAUUCCAUUUGCUCGUUUUUUUUGUAUUUUUUUUUAAAUAUUCCCAGUUUUCUGUCGCCAUCCCAAACCCAUCCCCUUCUCUUGGAUGUGGGACUGGGGCUCCAAGGAUGCUCCAGUUCCCCCUUCCCGGGGAUUUUUGGGGAGUGGUGGGGUUGUGGAAUGGGGGGAAUCUGUCAUUAAACCAAGUUUAGUCACUGAUCUCAUCCCAGCUCCCAAAAAAUCCUAAAAUAUCCAAGUAAAGUCUUCCCUUUCCCCCUCAGCUGUCACCUUCUCCUUUAGAGCCAAUUAAUUCAUGGUUAAUUGAGCUCUGGUGCUUCCCCACCUCUCCCUUUCCAUGCAGAAUUUGGGGGGUUUGAGGCUGGAAAAUGUGAGGGAUUUUUGGGGUUUUGCACUUUCACCCCUGUCCCUCCUUUCAGCCUCAGCUUCCAAGGGUUUGGAAUUUCUAGGCAGAGCUCCUUGCCUUUAAUCCCUCAUUAUUCCUCUUUUAUUCCCUUUUAUUUUGUUUUUAAUGCACCCAAACCAGUCUGGAAUUCCACAUUCCCUUUUUAGUCCCCCUUCAACCUUUAAGGGGGAAGCAGGGUUGAAAGAUUUCCUUACUGUGGAUAAAAUCCCUCCAUUUGGAAUGGAAAUCCAGAAUUUUGGAUGGGGUCAGCAUUCCCAAACUUCACUUUGCCAAUUCCCUAAAAUCCCAUCAGGGCUUUUCCCUCUCUUUUUAUUUCCCUGGUGCUGCUGCCAGCCCAAAUCCCAGGAGAAAUUCCCAACUUUGCUCUCCCCAGAGGUGUAAACUUGAGGGAUUAAUGACAGAUUCCAGAGUCCUGGAACAUCCUGAACAUUCCAGGGAUGAAUUCCGAGCUGGGGAGGAGGAGGAGGAUGAUGAUGGGAUGAGGAAGAUUCUCUCCUUUCAUGAAAAGAUCAAAGCCCUUUAAGAAAACAAGGCCACCAACUUCAAAGUGCUCUCUGAACAUUCAGGGGCUCCCCCUGGGAUUGGAAUUCCUUUGGGAUCCUCCCUGGGGCAGGAGAAAAUUCCCUUUGGGGAUCCUGCAGGGAAUGGGAUCAGCAUUGCAGCCCUGGGAGGGGACAAUUCCCUGCCUGCUCCAGAGGCUGCCUGGACAUCCAGGAGCUUGGGAGAGGGAUCUGUGUCCUUUGGAGAGGGAUCUGUGUCCUUUGGGCAGGGAUCUGUGUCUUUGGAGAGGAUCUGUGUCCUUUGGAGAGGGAUCUGUGUCCUUUGGACAGGGAUCUGUGUCCUUUGGAUGGGGAUCUGUGCCCUUUGGACAGGAUCUGUGUCCUUUGGAGAGGGAUCUGUGCCCUUUGGAGAGGGAUCUGUGCCCUUUAGACAGGGAUCUGUGCCCUUUGGAGAGGGAUCUGUGCCCUUCCAAGGACGAGAGCAGCGCUGGGUUUUGGAAUCGAGCCCUGGGAAGGUUUUGGGGGGCUCAGGGCAGCCCUGGAGAGGCUGCAGGGCAGGGAGAAUGGAAAAGGGGCACAGGGAUCCCAGUGGAUCACCCCUCCAGCUCUGGGAUCCCUAUGGAUCAUCCCUCCAACUUUGGGAUCCCUGUGGAUCAUCCCUCCAGCCCUGGGAUCCCUCUGGAUCAUCUCUCCAGCCCCAGGAUCCCUCUGGAUUCCCCAGGAUCCCUCUGGAUCAUCUGUCCAGCCCCAGGAUCCCUGUGGAUCAUCUCUCCAGCCCCAGGAUCCCUCUGGAUCCCUCUGGAUCCCUCUGGAUCAUCUCUCCAGCCCCAGGAUCCCUUGCCCUGGGCCCAGAUCCCAAAGGGAGCAGGGUUGGGAGUUUCCCACCCCGAUCAUGGAUUGCUUUUCGUUCCACAGGGGAACCAAAACAAAACAAAACUAAAAUAAAAACCUGGAUGUGAUCGAGUGCACAAGCUCUGGGUCCUAAAGGAAUGGAAAAAAUUGGGGAAAGGGAAAAGGAAAAGGAAAGGAUGAGGGUAUAGCAACAAUGGGAGCACUGGGAUCUCCUGGAUCCUUCUGGGUUCUCCUGGAUUUCCUGGAUUCUCAUGGAUUUUCCUGGAUUCUCCUGGAUUUUCCUGGAUCCUCUUGGAUUUUGCUGGAUCCUCCUGGAUUCUCCUGGAU